AUGGAUAAAAAAGCAAUGAACCAAGGGACUCGACGUCUGUUCGGUGGCACCAAGGCCCAGCUGAAGGACUUUCCACCUGCUUGUCUACUGACUGACAGGUCAUUGACAGCCCGCUGCUCUGGCGCCGUGGUGGCCCCCCACUGGGUCCUCACGGCAGCUCACUGCAUCAGCCCCAGUCUUGCCUACGUCAAGUACAAUACGAGAACCCCUUCCAAAGGUCCUGCUGACCAGGCGACCAUAGUGGCCUUGUAUCAGCACCCUAAGUAUGAAGUGGUGCAGGAAGACGAGGGUCGUGGUCUGGAUGUGACUCAACUCCACAACGACAUCGGGCUGGCGGAGACCAAGCAGGCAAUAGAGCUGGACUUCCCCCUCAAAGACGAACCCAUCCACGCCAUGCGAUCCAUCGAGCCGAAGAAACUUCAGAAAGUUAUGGUUCAGGUGAUGGGCUUCGGUCGCACGGAGACGGCGGAGGCUACUUUAGGCGAGGAGCUGUUCGCUGUGACGCUGCGGCUGCAGAACUGCGAGAGGAGCUCCUGGUUCCACUGCAUGUGUGGUCUGGCCAGCCCGGGGGAGCGAGCUCGCGGCGUCUGCUCCGGUGACUCGGGCGGUCCUGUUGUCUAUAGUGGCGUUCAGGUGGGUGUAACAUCGAUGGGACCUCUGGAGUGCGUGACAAUGGCGGACCCUACGCCAGGCUCCACCAGCGUGUUCACCUCGCUGUACCAGUACGCCGACAUCCUGAACGACACCAUUAACAACGUGCCUGGCGUGAUCAAGAUGAGCAGUGUGGCUCUAGACGGGGCUAGCACUCCGUCGCCGGUCGCUGCUGUGGUCUUAGCACUAUUUGUAGCAGUGGUCUCUAACACUGUUUCUCUUGCGAUGCCUUGA